UUGAUGCUGUAAAUUUAUUUAAUGGUCAUAAUGGCUUUGACUAGCCGUUUACUACGGUGUCAAUCACUCAUGGGAUUUCGCGCGCUAAUCAAUCCUAGAUUUACUGGUAUCUUAUCUGCACGUCAGGUCAGUAUGAUAAUAAUACUUAUCCAAAAACUUGAGGAGAGGAAGAAACGCGAUAUUCUUUUUUUAGUGAAAUUGAGAUUGUAUUUGAUAGCAUUAUGACCCGAAUUGAGAUUUAAAGUGGCUUUCAGUUCAUUUUAUGAAAUCAGCUUGUUUUAUAUAAGAAAGAAGCAAAUAAUUGUUGAUGGUGAUGUCAUGCAGAUUGCUCUCCAAUUUUUCGGUUAAUGCAAGGACUAAGUUUCUUAUCGUUAUUUUAUGGUAAUUUUUCCACCCUUGGGUAUCCACUACAUAUAAAAAUUCCAUCCUUGGGGACCAAUCAUGUUGUGUACCAAUUUCAACAAACAAAUUCUGACAAGUGACUUCCAAGAUGAUAGAUGACUCUCAUUUAUAGUUUCACUUGGGUUUCCAAUAUGGAGGCCAGGUCAAAUUCCUAACCUUGAGGCAGUGCUGAAAUGUCAAAAUCUGAACUAAAGGAGGGGGGAUCCUCUCAGUCAAUAUUCCAUGGGUAGCCUGCCCCUCCCCCAUUUCAAGGAAAACCCAUGAUAGGUGCACUAUACUAAUAACAAUAGUGGAAGGGGGUUCAUACCAUUUACACAUGUCAUCUGGUUGAAGUUUUUUACGCAAACAUUUUAUCAGUGCACCUGGCUUUACCCUGGUGAAAAUCUUUCAAGGAUCUUUAAGGAUCUUACAAGAUCUUCAUGAGGACCUUUGAGGAUCCUCUUGAGGAUCUUCAUGAGGAUCUUCAAAAUUCUUGUUAAGAUCUUCAAGGAUCCUUCAUUUUCUUGCCAAGAUCUUCAAGGAUCCUUCAUUUUCUUGCCAAGAUCUUCAAGGAUCCUUCAUUUUCUUGCCAAGAUCUUCAAGGAUCCUUCAUUUUCUUGCCAAGAUCUUCAAGGAUCUUUGAUUUUCUUGCCAAGAUCUUCAAGGAUCCUUCAUUUUCUUGCCAAGAUCUUCAAGGAUCUUUGAUUUUCUUGCCAAGAUCUUCAAGGAUCUUUGACUUUCUUGCCAGGAUCUUUAAGGAUCUUUCAUUUUCCUGUCAAGAUCCUUGAAGAUCUUGUCUGGAUCUUCAAAGAUCUUUACAUGAACUUUGAAGAUUCUUUAAAGAUCUUUGAAAAUUCUUUGAGGAUCUUCCAAAUUCUUGUUAAGAUCUUUCAGGAUCUCUCAUUUUCUUGCCAAGAUCUUCAAGGAUCUUGUUGAAAAUUUUGAAGAUCCUUAAAGAUCUUGGAAAGAAAAUAAAAGAUCCUUAAAGAUCUUGGCAAGAAAUUGAAAGAUCUUUGAAGAUCCUGGCAAAAAAAAAAGAAAGAUCCUUGAAGAUUUUGACGGCCAAAUUAAAGAUCUUUGCAAGAAAUUUGAAGAUCCUUAAAGAUCUUGACAAGAAUGUCAGGAAUCCUUGAAGAUCCUGGCAAGGAAAUGGAAGAUCGUUGAAGAUCUUAGCAAGAAUGUUAUAGAACCUUCGAACUUUUGACAAGAAAAUAAGCAUACUUAAAUCCUCAUACUAAGUUAAAAAGAAAAAUUGAACCAAACAUAAAAAAAAUGAAGAUAAAACUUUUUAUUGCUAAACAAGAAUUACCCAUCCUUUUCUAGUAAGACUACUUCUACACUAUUUCUGUUCAGAUUUUAGGUUAGUACUAAGAUUUUCAUUUUCCAAAAAAUCUGGCAACAGUCCAGCUCAAAGGUAAAAAGACCAAAAUAUAUGUGUUAAACUUGUCUAGGACUAGACUAUGACCAGACUAAGACUACUCUUACAGAGGGGGUAAACAUGAAAAAAAAAAAAAGGCAAACAAGAGUACUUCAAUGACUAUAUUUCUGAACCAUAUUAACCUAUAUACCAAAGGAAAGCUUAGGAAUCACACAUACUGAAUAUAACUAAUAUGUUGCCCUAAACUAAUUUGUUAUUUGACAUCAGAUCAAUUUGUCCACCACAUGGUGUGAAAAACCUAAGUAUACUUGAGAAAAGAUAACUGCACAAAGAUUGCAUGAAAUCAAGUGUUUUUUGUGUCAAAACAAAGUACUAGGGCCGUUCUUUUGGAUGAGCUAAGGAACUUUUGGAGUCGUUUAUAUUAUGGGCACAGUGCCCGUUCAAAGUUCACCGAGAUUAUUAGGUGAGUUAUUCCACAAUAUCUUACUUAAAAUUCAGCUUAUGGAGAAACUGUCGGCUUAUCCAACUCAACUCAGUAAGAGGAUACAGCCCUGAAAACUUCAGAUUAAUUGAACUAAUACAUCCUGAGGUACAAAAUAAGUGUUUUCGGGAAUUCAUAUGACAACCUCUAAAAGAGCUUUUUAGGUUGUUACACAGAACCAAGUAAAUUCACACCUUCUUCAGAAACAUGUCCUUCAGUGAGCGUCGAGGAGAAUCUCUCUAGAUCGAUAAGCCUUUAUCCUUGUCCCUGUAACACAUCAUUUGCAUCCUCACUCUCCAAGAGCUCAGAGCAAGAAUCAUUAGGCGAGGAUGGCAGAAAACGCCUUUCCUUUACUUUUAUUUCUGUGUACAUUUUCCCCUUAGUUCCGACCAUUGUCGAUGAUAUUUGCCGUAACAACGAGCUUCUUAUGUUUUUAUGCGACCGUUAAAAAUCUCGGCGCGUAUAAAUUCCUAUCCCAUAAUGCAAAACCCUAUUUACUGUCAUGUAAGUUGUCACAAAGUUUCCCUAAAGCCUCAAGCAUGGCGUUGCUAUGCGUUAACCUUCAUUACACUUAUUGCACAAUAAUUUUCUGCGAAAAUUCCUUGUUGUGUUUAAAUUAUCCAUAUCAGAUUAAAAAAGGAUCGUUGCAAAGAGCUGUACAAAAUCAUGAAAUGAAUCUUUUAAAGAUAUUUGGAAGAUCCUUUUCAAUUCCUUGAGGAUCUUGAAGGAUUGUAGAACAGAUUGUGCAAAGAUCUUGACUAGAAUUCUUAAGGAUCUUAGCAAAGAUCUUAGCAGGAUCCCUGACAGGUUCUUUUGAAGGUCUUUAAAAGAUCCUCAUUAAAUCCUUGAGGAUCCUGAAGGAUCCUUGAAAAGAUCCUGCAAAGAUCUUGACUUAAGGAUCCUUUAAGAUCCUGAUCAAAUUCCUAAGGAUCCUGGCAAAGAUCUCUACAGGAUCCUUGAAAGGAUCUUUUGUAGGUCUUUAAAAGAUCCUCAUUAAAUCCUUGAGGAUCUUGAAGGAUCCUUGAAAAGAUCUUGCAAAGAUCUUGAGUAGGAUCCUUGUAAGAUCCUGAUCAAAUCCUUAAGGAUCCUUGCAAAGAUCUUAAUAGGAUCCUGGAAAGGAUCUUUGGAAGGUCUUUAAAAGAUCCUCAUUAAAUCCUUGAGGAUCUUGAAAGAUCCUCAAAAAGAUCCUGCAAAGAUCUUGACUAGGAUCCUUGCAAGAUCCUGAUUAAAUCCUUAAGGAUCCUUACAAAGAUCUUGAAAGGAUCCUUGAAAGGAUCUUUUGAGGGUCUUUGAAAGAUCCUUGAUAAAUCCUUGAGGAUCUUGAAGGAUCCUUGAAAAGAACUUUGCGAGGAUCCUUAUGAGGAUCUUUGUAAUAUCCUUUGAGGAUCUUUAUCAAAUCCUUGAGGAUCUUAACAAAUGUUUUUGCUUACAAAGAUCUUUGAGGAUCUUUUACAGAUCCUUUAAAGAUCUUUUAAAGAUCCUUGUCCUUAAGGAUCUUUGGCAGGUCUUUGUCAAUCCUUGAAGAUCCUCAAAGAUCCUGUGAGGUUUUUCACCAGGGUAGAGAAGCAGGUAGAGAGUUAUGAGUUACCUAAAUCCACCAAAGACAAUGAACGGAUUACAAGUGUAUCCUUGGGAUCAGUCGCCCAUAAAUUUCUAAAUGCUCCUAAAAAAUGAAAGUGAACCAUUUUCUUUUCCUUUUGGAUAUUUCUGUGUAAUUGGCAAGUGUCUCAGGAAAGCUUGCGCAGUUAUGCAGGUCAGGUUUGUAUACAUACUAAAAAGAUUGCACUACUUUCUAGUUACCAUCAACUCAAUGGUAUCAUUGUGGAAGAGCUCUUGCACCUCUGCCUAAGCCAGAACCCUUGGAUAUAGAAGACCUACCUUGCUAUGGUAUGAUUGCACUCUUAAUGAUGAACGUGAAAAAAUUAUGCGUUUCUGACUGAUUGAAAAUAAGUGCAUUCUCAUGUAACGUGAGUGCAAAGUUAUAACAUGAGUGCAAAUUACAAAUAGCACAUGCAUGCUUUCAAAAUUUCUUCUGCCUUGACUUUCUGUGAUGUUUUUUCAUGUACAUUAUUAAUAAGUAAUUAAAUGACUUCUCUUUCAAUGUGGUGUAAUAAGCACUUGUAAAUUUUUCAAAGACUACUAAUUGUACUUGCUCAAUGGGCUUGUGAAUUUUUUUGUCUUGGAAAAAUUUACUUGUGCCUAUUUACACCAAAUUACACUUGAAAUCAUGUAAUUACCUAUUCAUAUAUGUACACAUUGGUUGUAAUUUUAACAUCUGAAGAUGAUUUACCUUAUUCACUCCCAGCAGUGACCAUCAUGGAGUUUCACCAUGCAUUUUUUCUGGCCCAGAAGUAAAUAAAUAUUGUGGAGACAUUUGAAUUUGAAUUAGUGAGUUUUAAUUGGCUUAAUCUCCCACCUACAAAAGAGCAACAAACUUGGUGGCCAUUAACAAUUUGAAUUAGGAGUGCUGGCUCACCCCACAGGACACCCAAAGCUAAUAACACACCAAUGUUUAUGAUGUACUUCCGCACUUUUUAAAUUCACAUUUCAGUGUUUACAUUCACACCUUCUACAACUUGUAAACUUGGGUUGUAACAAAGAAGAGCGAAUCUUAAUCUCUGCUGAAUUUUUGGUGUUCAUGCAGGUGACUUCAGUCCAAGUGUUUGCAAGUUUAUUGCAACAAGAGACUAUGAAAACCACAACUCAGGGAUACUAGCUUGGGUCACAUCCUUCACUUCAGAGAAUCCUCUGGGAUUGGUGGAGUUGAAUGAAUUUGUUUUUGGAGCCAAUCCAAGGUAUAUUUAAUUUUUUCACACAAACACCUUCAAAUGUGAUAUUUUGGGUAUGAAAUUUUUUUCACUUAGUUCUAUAUUUGCACACAAAGUUGGCUAUAAAUGGGAAAAUUCCUGUUGUUGUUCAUCCAACUAAUCUGAAACUUUUUCAGCCACCUGGCGUUUUAAAAAUUACAAUUGAUUUUUAAAAUGGAGUUUAGUGUUUAUGGAUAUUUAGCAACUGUUAGUAGCUUCAUAAAAAGAAGAGUUAAGUAAUGAAAAAAAGGAGAAAAUGAAAAAAAAAAUUAUUUUAUGAUAAUUCCAGUUUGACCAUGACCUUUUUUAAAGCCUAGAAAACAGGGUUUCUAAAGAAAAGAUGGUAAACCACUUUCAUUUAGACAACAAUGCUGGUCAUUGUCUUGUGUGGAGUUAAGUUAUGGGAAGAAGGUCUGCCUUGGUAGUGACUCACUAGCUAUGUGCAGGUAGGCUUAGUGUCGGAAUUGGUGGCCGUGUUGCUGAAGGAGAGGCCCAAAGGGGUAAACUUCUCUGUUGAGAGGCGUCAAAUCUAGGCUGAGAACUGCUUUAAAGGGCAUUGCAGACAUUUUCUGUGAGGUCACAUGCUAUAUUCAGCAAUAGGUCGUCAAAAUUCCACUGUGUAAUCCAUGCUUUUUAGAGCUUUGGGGCACUCUUGUCACAGACCCCUCUCGACCAAGUACUGAAAUUUGUUUUUGACGUAUGUCUAGAUAGAGAAUGUCUUCUAAAAAAAGGCUACUCAAACUUUUCAAUAUCAUCAGACUCUGUGAUCAAAGAAGUCACAGUGGCAAUUGUUCAGACAAGCUUCUUUAUGGGUAGAAAAAUUAAAUGCAAAUUCAUUCUUUACAAAGGAAUUCUUAUUUGAUGUUUCUCCUUUUCUAGGAUUGACAUUUUACACAGAGUUGUUGUCUGGUGGAGAGCAAAAAAUAGAGCUGUAAGUUACAAAAUAUGUUGAUCUGCCUCAAAAGUGUACAUAAGAGUGGUUGAUAGAGGAAAUGUUGCUUAUUUAAUUGAAGGGUUGGGUUGAUCAAACGAGUCCUAGUUUCACAAUAAUUCACCACAGAAAAAGAAAGACUAUUGGUCACUUAAAUUUCAUUGUAAAAUCAGUUGGACACAACUUCAACUUGCACAAAAAACUGAUUUUUCAGAGACAGGAAAGACUUCUCAUUACAAACAGUUUACUUUAAGUGUAUUCUGGCUCUUAUUUUUCAGGGAACUGCAAAAGUCAAAAAUCGCGCAGAAAGAAGAGGUGGUGGAAGAAAGCCUUGGAGACAAAAAGGAACUGGAAGAGCACGACAAGGCAGCAUAAGAGCGCCACAAUGGAGAAAAGGUGACAUAAUGAUUGAGAACCAUUUUUGCUUCUUUCCUCUUUAGUGGUCAGCUUCUAUUUGGGAAAUGAGCUUAUGCUCCUGGUGGAAGGAAGAGUGUAUUUGAAAGAGUGGUCAGGUGGAAAUUAACCCUUUAACUCCCAAAAGUGAUUAACAUGUAACUUCUCCCUGUGAUAUCUGUAAACUAUCCAGCAAACAGGUUAUGAAAAUUCUCAAACUUAUCAGUUAGAAGGUGUUGUCUUGGUCUGAUACCAAAUUCACACAAUCAGUUCACAAGGAAAUGUGUAACAGCUAGAGGAGAGAAUUAACAACAAGAUCUUAAGAGUUAAAGGAUUAAGCCCACACCUUGUCAUUAGAUUUUAGAUCAUAGAGAAAAUCAGUUUUUAAGGUCAAAGCUUACCGUCUUUCAGGUGGUAGAGUACAUGGUCCUGUGCCAAAGAGCUACAAGUAUGGAUUGCCGAAAAAAGUCAGAAGAAUGGGUCUACGUACUGCUCUCUCUGUCAGAUAUGCACAGGUACAGCUUGCUGGUUGUUGUUCUUGGUUUGUAUUUAACCUGUGAAAUUGAAUCCUAAUUCUACCUUUUGACCAUUUUGCUUAUUUCCAUUUUUACAGGGAUAUUUGCACAUUGUAGAUUCAUUUGAGGAUAUUGAAAAUGAUCGGGUAGGUUUCUAGUUCAAAGGCAAACGAAAAGAAACAAUUUCACUUGUAGAAAGUCUGGUUAUAAAUUAACCUGUCACUCCCAAACCUCUUUGGUAAUUUUCCUUACUAUCCACUAUUUAGGGUGCGAAAUUGCACCUAAUACAGGUGCCAAUGUGACUAAAUUUUUCACUUUGGUGACCAAAUCCUGAGAAUUAGUUGCCAAAUUGGCUACUAGAAUGUUUCACCAUAACCUUACCAAGAGAUAUAGUGAAUUAAAAAGAUUUGCAAGGAUAAAUCUGCAGCAAACUUCCUCAUUAAGUUUGUUUCCAAAAUGCAGCAUGUGCAUCUCGAUCUAUAACUAAACAGCAUCUUGGAUUUAGGUGAGCUUGAAUGUUGUAUAUCAUCCAUCCUAGAGUCCACUUUGUAGAACAUUAAAGAUCCUUUCCCUAACUUAUUUUGGAGGGUCUAUCUAGAACACUGACAGCAUAAAAAAAAGGUUUUGUUUGUCUUUGAAAAUGGCGACCAAAUUUUUUUGAAUUGGUUACUACUUUGAAGAAUUUAGGAGCCAAGUGGCUAUCGAAAAAAAAAAUUUAUUUCAUGCCCUGACUAUGCAUUUCUUAUGAAUCACGAUAGUGUUGAGAGUUUGUUGUUGGAUCAACCAAUAAUCCCCUAAUGAUAUUUUCUUUAUUCCCUUCCCUUUUCUACUUGGUUAUUAAUUAAUGUAAGGGGAAAUUCUGUCUUAAUGAAUUGGAGUAAAGGGGUGAGGGUGUUGAUUGUGGUAAUCUAUUAACUUGUAGAGAUUUGAACUUUUGUUUGUCCAUCGUUGAACAAUCUCUGUGGCACAAGGUAUUCAAUAAUUCUUUGCUGAUUUAAAUUACAGGAUUUGAUUCCAAUCUUGGACAAAAGAGGCUGGACAAAUGUAGUCCUGGUUGAUUUGUAAGUGUUUGGUUGAUCAAAAAAAAACUAUCCUAGCUAGAAUCUUUGCUUUUGAUACCUUCUUUGAAAGAAUAUCUCUUUUUUGGGAAAAAAUUUUCUAUUCACAGGGGUUUUUUAUUCUAAUUUUGUUUUUAUUUAAUGAGAAGAACAAAGUGCUUGCCUUUGUGAACUACAUCUGAAUUUGAAUAUAAACACCUCUUUUUUUCCCCUACAGUGCACCUAAUGAAAUAAUCACAGAGGCUGCAGGAGGGAUGAAGACUGUAGAUGUGCGUCAUCCCAAAAGUAUGUUUAUGCACUCCCUCAAAUCUCACUGUUGUUCUUUUUACAUCUCAUAACAAAAUGUGCUGCUAUUGACAAUAAACCUGUUCUUUUUUUUAGACCUAGAUGUUUACACAAUAUUACAUCGCAAAAACAUUGUGAUGUCCUUGAAGGCUGUUGAGUUUCUUGAGGAUAUCCUUUGUGAAGAUGAUAGGAUACUCGUUAACAAGUUUGACUAAGCUUUUCUUAUAGUGUUGCUUCUGCUUUGUAAAUAUUCUAUUUCGAUAGUAAAUAAAAAGUUCAAUUCAACUUAUUGUGAUUUUUCUUGCCUUGUUGAGUCUUACUUUCAUAU